GCCAGAGCCUCUCCUCUUUCGGCCACGCUGCCCGGUGCAGCGCAGCGGCUGCACUCUCCCAGGCAGCCUCCAGCCACGCUGCCUGGGAGGGGACACUGCCUGGUGCAGCGCAGCAGGACGGAGCUCUGCCAGCUUCACAGUUCACUUCCCUGAGAGACUGGGACACUGUGAAAUCAGCGAGCAGCUUUUCACAAACAAAGCAGGACAGAGUAUUCAAGCAUUUCAUAGUUUGACAAGGUGGAGAGAAAAGACGGGUCACUUGAAUAUCCAGUAACUUGACCUUGAAGAGUUCACAUGAUGAGCUGAGCUUUAGCCAGCCACAUCAUCCUGUGAAGAUAAGACAGAUCAUAAAUUCCCUUUUUAAAGCUGAGCUGCAUCUCAAGUUGAUUAGAAGCUGCCUCAAGGAAACUACUGCUUCAGUCAGAAAAAUGGCAUUUGAUGGCAACUGGAAGGUAGACAGAAGUGAAAACUAUGAAAAGUUCAUGGAGCAGAUGGGUAUUAAUGUAAUGAAGAGAAAGCUAGGAGCCCAUGACAACCUGAAAAUCACUAUUCAGCAGGAAGGAAACAAAUUCACUGUGAAGGAAUCAAGUACUUUCCGCACCAUUGAAAUAAUAUUCAUGCUGGGAGUCAAUUUUGAAUACAGCCUGGCUGAUGGAACUGAGCUCGGUGGUACUUGGAACCUGGAAGGAAAUAAGCUUGUGGGAAAAUUCAACCGGAAAGAUAACGGGAAAGAGCUCCAGGCAUUCAGAGAAAUUGUAGGAGAUGAAUUAAUUCAGAUUUACAUAUAUGAAGGAGUUGAAGCCAAGAGAAUCUUUAAAAGGGUUUAAACCUCAAGCCCAGAAAGAAAUCUGAUGGUAGAAGAAUCAUGUUGUAUAUUUUCCCAACAAGCACCAAGUUACUGAUUGAUCAGUCUUGAUUUAAACACAGGCCAACAUUUUGCAUUUCCAGUCCUGCCAAUAUUACAUAUUUGUAUUAUAUAUCAAUAACUGUUUUGAUAUAUGGCAUUGUUAAGGGCUGUGAAAACUAUUUACAUUUUGUAAAUGAAAAUAAAUAUUGUUUCUGCACUGA